AUGGCAGGAGUGGGGAAGGUUACAGAGAGGGAGGAGAAGGAGGAGAGGGAGGCCGGGACGAAAGACAGGGGAGAAGAGAGGAGAGAGGACGGGAGGGAGAGAGGCGCCGCUGCUGUUAUGAGAGGUGGAGAGGGAGGGGGGGAGGCGUACGAGUCAGCAGGGUGGUGUGCCACGUCAUCAACGUCAUCCGUGCUUGUGGGUGGAGACGAAGAGGAGUAUGAAAGGGAGGAGUGUGAGGGUCGCGCAGAAGCAGAGGAGACGCGAGAGAGGGACUGCAACGGCCAGGUGGAGGGGGAGAGUGAGGACAGAGGGUACGGGUGUAAGGGGGGUAGUGCAGAGGAGAAGGGGCGGCGAGACCAGGGAGGGCAGGGAGGGUGGGACAGAGAGAAGAAAGGGAGAGCGGGUGGGGUUGUGGCUGGCAACGGCAGAAAGAGGAGGGGCAGAGGGAUGGGGGAGAGGAGAGGGGGCAGAGCAGGGGGGGCCGGCGCAGCAGAUGUAGGGAUCAAGCAAGAAGGAGAUGGUGUGGCUUCACAAGUGCAGGAGGGUGCAGUAGCAGCAGCGCAAGCAGGCCUUGUGAUGGGGUCGCAUGGUGUGGCAGCACAAGGGCAGGAGGGCGUGGGCGCAGAGGCAGCAGUGCAAGCAGGUGGAAUGGCGGGGACUGAUGGUUUGGCUUCACAAGCGCAGGAGGGCGAGGGCGCAGUGACAGCAGUGCAAGCAGGCGGAGUGACUGGGACUGAUGGUGUGGCGGCGUCAACUGGGGCGUGGGUGCCGCCUGUUUCUCCCUUUGGCCUCAUCCAGGAGCGUCUGUAUCGUGACCCGUGGAAACUGCUGGUUGCCUGCAUGCUGCUAAACAAGACGGCUGGCAGGCAGCUCCAUAAAGUGAUUUGGGACCUCUUCCGCCUCAUCCCCUCUUCACAGGCAGCCAUAGCAGCACCGACGGCUGAGAUUGCCCUCACUCCCCUUCUCCGCCCCCCACCCCCCGCAGCUUCAUGGAUGAUAUGGGACCUAUUCCGCCUCAUCCCCUCCCCAGAGGCAGCCAUAGCAGCACCGACGGCUGAGAUCGCGCGCACCAUCCAGUCCCUGGGGCUGCACAACAAGCGCGCCGCCAUGAUCCAACGGUUCUCAGAGGAGUUCCUGAGGGGCGGUUGGACGGACGUGAGGCAGCUGCACGGCAUUGGGAAGUAUGCAACGGACGCACAUGCGAUAUUCUGUGAGGGCAGUUGGUGGGAGGAGAGGCCAACGACCACAUGCCCUAACAUCCCUCCCCUUCUGCCCCACCUCCUUCUCCCCUUCAUCAUGGCAGUUAUGCAGCGGACGCCCAUGCCAUAUUCUGUGAGGGCGGGUGGAGGGAGGUGCUUCCUAACAAUCACAAGUCCUGUGCCUGUCUGUGCUCUCACGUCCCUCCCCCUCCAUUCUUCACCACGGCAGGUGGAGGGAGGUGCUGCCUAA